CGGAUCGCCUCGUCUCCCGUUCUUCCUUUCUCUGCGUCUUGUCUUACCUUGUAUCGAUCAGGAGUUUGGGAGGAUGAGCAGGCGGCAAGGAGACUGGGACUGCAGGUCAUGCCAGCACCACAACUUCAGCUGGCGUGACUCGUGCCAGCAAUGUGGUAACCUGCGGCCGUCCACCGGCGACGUCUCCGACUAUGCUGGCCUCGGAAGGUCCUCGGUCGGAUUCAGCGUCCCCAGUUUUCGGCCCGGCGACUGGAACUGCUCCUGCGGUGGUCAUAACUUCGCGAGCCGGACGAGCUGCCACUCGUGUGGCACUUCCAAGGAUGACUCCGCCGUCAGCUUCAGCCGUGGGCUCGACAACGAUGACAUGCCGGGUUCAGGAGGCGUCGGCUUUGGUGGUGGCGGGUGGAAGUCCGGUGAUUGGUUGUGCACCAGGUCGGGCUGCAACCAGCAUAACUUCGCUAGCAGGAAGGAGUGCUAUCGAUGCAAGGCACCAAAGGGAUGCGGCACUUAAAUCAACCAAAAAGACCAGAGAGAGAGAGAGAGAGAGAGAGAGAGAGAGAGAGAUACGAGAUUACGCGACUCACAGCACUAUCUCAGGUUAUCGCUAACUAAGAUACUGUUCCUUGUGAUAGUCUCCUCCUAUUAGCUUCUGCUUCGUAUGGUGUUCUCGACUUCUCUUGUGCUUAUAGAAGCUUAAUCAUGUAUAAGUCGUGCUGCUGCACUCACUUCUUCUGCAUGGAUAUGUAAGCGUCUACGUAUGCGUUAAAUAAUGGGCUUCAUGCUACAUUACAAGUGAA